AUUCUGCGUACUGUUCAGCAGGUGGCGCCAGAUUUCGAUUAUUCCCGCCGAGCCCGUGAGGCAAGCUUCGCAUUCACAGCCUUUAGACUUACACAAGCACACACAAAGCAGCUGGGCGAAGCUUUAUCGGGGCUGCCGGUGUCUUCUUCCAACCCCAAGCCAGAAGCGACACUCGCCGCGGCCGCGCAAAAAAGGCUGAAGCGGUUGGCGUUCACAAAGAGCAGCAAAGACGAAGAUGCAUAGGAUAUUGGCAAUAGUUGUUUGGUGUUUCCUGCAAGUGGAAGGCAGGCAUCCAGAAAUCAUCACUGGUAGCAGCAACAAUGGCAAUUUCUUGGACAAUGAUAAAUGGCUGACCACUGUUUCCCAGUAUGACAAAGAUAAAUACUGGAACAAGUUCAGAGAUGAUGACUAUUUCAGAAACUGGAAUCCAAACAAGCCUUUUGAUCAAGCUCUUGAUCCUUCAAAAGAUCCAUGUUUGAAGGUAAAGUGCAGCCCACAUAAAGUGUGUGUCACUCAUGACUAUGAGACAGCCAUUUGUGUAAACCGCAAACAGCUAGUACACAGCCUUCGGCAAAAGAAAGGAAACUUUCCCCAGAGGCAUUGGACUGGGCCAGCUAAUUUAGUAAAAUGCAAGCCGUGUCCCCUUGCUCAUGCCAGCUCUGUUUGUGGUUCUGAUGGACAUAGUUACACAUCCAAGUGCAAGCUGGAGUUUCAUGCCUGUGCAUCUGGCAAAAACAUUGCAGUUCUCUGUGAAGGGCCUUGCCCAUGCCUUCCAGGACAAGAAAGUCCCAAACACAAGACUGAGAAAACUGUUUGCACAGACAAGGAGCUGAGGAACCUUGCUUCACGUCUAAAAGACUGGUUUGGUGCUCUUCACGAAGAUGCAAAUCGUGUCAUCAAGCCUACAAUCUCUGAUUCAGCACAAGGCAGAUUUGACACUAGCAUAUUACCAAUCUGUAAGGAUUCCUUGGGCUGGAUGUUCAACAAGCUGGAUAUGAACUAUGACCUUCUCCUUGAUCACUCCGAAAUCAAUGCCAUUUAUCUUGAUAAGUAUGAACCAUGCAUUAAACCCCUCUUCAAUUCUUGUGACUCCUUCAAAGAUGGGAAGCUUUCGAACAAUGAGUGGUGCUAUUGCUUUCAGAAACCUGGAGGUCUCCCUUGCCAGAAUGAGAUGAACAGAAUUCAAAAGCUGGGCAAGGGGAAGGGCCUUAUGGGUGCUUUCAUUCCACGGUGCAAUGAGGAAGGCUAUUACAAAGCAACUCAGUGUCAUGGCAGUACUGGGCAAUGCUGGUGUGUCGAUAAGUAUGGAAAUGAGAUAGCUGGUUCAAGGAAGCAAGGAACUGUUAGCUGUGAAGAAGAGCAAGAAACUUCGGGGGAUUUUGGGAGUGGUGGAUCAGUGAUAUUAUUGGAUGAUUUGGAAGAGGAUCAUGAAGUAGCAAAAAAGAACAAGGAAGGAAAACAGAAGAUCCAUGUAAGAGCGGCCAAUGAUGAUGAUGAAGAUGAAGAUGAUGAUAAGGAUGAUGAAAUUGGCUAUAUAUGGUAGUUCCCAUAGCUCGGAGGACUCAUGUUUUGCACAAUAUCACAAGUCAUUUCAUAUCUCUACAAUGGUAACUGAAGCAUCAGGCAUCACCUUCAGAGCUCAGUCUAAAAGCUCAGUCUAAAGGCAUUCCAGUCUGCACACAGAUCUUUCUCAUAGCUGGGCUUCCCAUUCACUUUACUGCUGGGGAUAACUCCACAAGCACAAUGGAGAUGAGCAUGCAGAGCUGAUCCUGACAUUGAAGUGAACUGGGAAGACCUUGCAUUUGUGAGAGUUCCUUGCAUAUGUGCAAAGAUCUUGCACACAUGAGCCUUGGAGCUCUUGCUACACAGGAAACUGCAGGAUGGGAACAAUAAUCUGUCUAACCCCCUCCCCCCAAUUCCUUUUGUACAGUGUGUUUAAUUUGGAAGGCAGGUUCCCUGCUCAACUAGCUACUGUUUGGAAUAACUGUGAGCAUUGUUCCCUUUUACCAGCAUGAUGAUGCAUCUUGUUUAGACAGAUUUUCUUAGCUUAAUUCAAUCAUACAGCACAUGACAUUUUUGUUCAUGGAAUACAGAACACAACAGAGAACUCAGUGCAUCAUAGCAACAGUUCCAGGUUUCUCUUAUGUUGUCUAUAAUGAAGCUUUCAGUGACUGAAUUUUUCCCCCAUUUGUUAUUACUGUGCUUUCUGAUUUUAAGCAGGUGGUUCUCUUUUUUUCUCCAUCUGGUACUUGUUUUAAAAAAGUCAACUCGUUUUAGUAUUCUGGCUUGGUCACCCACAGACUUGAAGUCAGAAAGAAUUCAGUUGUAGUUUUCCCUUCACUUCCUCUGACAAAUGGUUGGCAGAGACACAGUCAGGAACUCAGUGAAGUUCCCCUCCUCCACCCCAAGACUAAGGAGGGGCAGGAUAAGAUCUUAGAUGACUUUUUUCUCAUUUAUCAAAUCGGUUCAGCUUAAGUUAAUCAAUAUGGUCUUCAUUUUGAGAAAUCUCCACAGCACCCUCUGUCCCCUCCCACCUUUUAGUAAGGCAAACAGGACUUGAACAGUCUUUCAAAGCAUGCAAAGAAGAAGUGCUUUGCAGAUGCAUUUCUUUAUGUCUGUGCAGUCAUUUUGCAGGCUUGCAGGUCUUGGAUUUUGCUUUGAUCCAGUUUGCACUAAUGCUAUGCAAGCUGCCUCUGCUUCCUGAAUAGCCUACCAUUCGAUUUGCUGAAAAUGCUUUUUCUUCAUUUACUCUAAAUGAUUCCUCAUUUGGAAGCACUGAAACUGUCAAAGGCACUAACCAUCAAAAGUAAUAAGCUGUCUCUUCUUUAUUUUAAAUUGUUAAUAUUUAUUUGUUAUUUAAAAAAAAAACAACCUUCAGCAUGUUGUAUCACUUCUGAUAUAUGUGAUACAUUUAUAAGGCAAAAGAAUAUGAUUAAAAUGAUUCCAUAAUCUUUUCCCACAUUC